AAGUGUUUGCUUACUUUCUUAAAAUUUAUAUUCAGUGACAACUGUCCAUGUAGAAAAAACAACCCUUUUGUCAGCUUAAGGAAAAAUAAAUGCAAACUAUGAAAAUAGCUAUAACUAUAUGCAUUAUUGAAGUAUUUGUCUUUUGAGAAGAAACCACAGAACAUGUAGCUAUUUUAAAUAAUAAAAACUAAAAUUGAUAUUAAAAUCCCACUUCCAUACACAAACUAAAAGAGAGAGAGCUCUCUCUCCUUCCCCACUCACACACACAAUUAUAUGUGUGUGUAUAAUAAACUCUUCCUUUGAGUUGUAAGGUAUAUAAGUUAUAUAUCCAUCACAGGAACUAAUGCAUCUCCUUUCAAUUAUGUAAUAAAGAAAUUUUUGUGAUAUUGUCUUUCUAUUCCUUUUCUUAUACUAAGUUAAACACCUCUCUCUCUCUCUGAAGUUGACAGUAAGAUUAGCCACAGCUUUUUAGAUUGGUGGCACAACUAUAGGUUCUGGAAUGGACUUCUUCACUUCCAAUUUCAUGCUACAAAGCCCUCUUGAAGAUAAUCAUCAACCAUGCUCAUUUCAAAACUUCCAUGGUGUUGCUUCACUUCUAGGGAAGAGAUCCUUGUCAUUUUCAGGAAUUGAGGUUAAUUGUGAAGAAACUAAUAUUAAUAAUGGGGAUAUUGAUGAUUUGUCUGAUGAUGGGUCACAAUUGGUUGGAGAGAAGAAGAUCAGGAGGCUAAACAUGGAACAAGUGAAGACACUUGAAAAGAACUUUGAGUUGGGUAACAAGCUUGAGCCUGAGAGGAAAUUGCAGUUGGCUAGGGCUCUUGGUCUGCAACCAAGACAGGUUGCUAUUUGGUUCCAAAACAGGAGGGCAAGGUGGAAGACCAAGCAAUUGGAAAGAGACUAUCAAGUCCUCAAGAGACAGUUUGAUGCAAUCAAAGCUGAUAAUGAUGCCCUCCAAGCUCAGAACCAAAAUCUUCAUGCACAGAUAUUGGCACUGAAAAAUAGAGAACCAAUUGAAGCAAUCAACCUCAACAAAGAAACUGAGGGUUGUAGCAGUAACAGAAGUGAGAACAGCUCAGAAAUCAAGCUAGGCAUCUCAAGGACACCAGCUAUUGACAGUCCUCUCUCUACCCAUCCAACCAGCAGACCCCUAUUCCCAUUGUCCAUGAGGCCCACUGUUAUGACCCAACUCUUUCAAACCUCAUCAAAACCAGACCUUCAGUGCCAGAAAAUUGAUCAAACAGUCAAAGAAGAAAGCUUUUGUAACAUGUUCUGUGGCAUUGAUGAUCAAACAGGACUUUGGCCAUGGUUGGAGCAACAACAUUACAAUUAAAUUGGACUUAAUUAUGGCCUAAUUUGGGAUAUUACCGGUUUCGCGAUUUCGCAUACUUCAGUGAGAUUGUAUAAAUUAGCAUAGUAUCAUAUUGAAUUUAAAGUGAGGUUUUGAAGAUUUUUGUGGAGGAUAGACGAGUUUGUUUCUCUGCAUUUACUUGUUUUGUUUUUGUUUUUUUUUUUUUUUUUUCAAACUUAAAGAGAUGUUUGGUAGUUUGAUUUAAUAAAACAAUCAUCCAAAUUGAAUUAUAUUUACUA